AUGGCAGACGAAAAACAUACCAACCCUCCCGAGAUUCAACUCGCCCUUGAUCACGAAAAGGCCCAAGAAGGAGAAAUCCUUGAAGCCCAAGAGAAAACCAACGGCAAAGAUGUUGCGGCACACUUCCUCGCUCACCUGGACCCUGCCAUUGCGGUGGAACCUGUCACCGAGGCCGAAGCGCGCCGUGUGCUUUGGAAAAUCGAUCUGAUCCUCAUUCCCUUGAUCAUGGUGACAGUGGUUCUCGCCGCUAUUGAUAAAGUCAUCAUCUCAAAUGCGGCCAUCUACGGCAUGAAGACAGAUACCCACUUGACCGGCGAUCAGUACUCUUGGGUAGGCUCAAUCUUCUACUUUGGAUACCUUGCCUUUGAGUACCCUACAGCGUUACUCAUUCAGCGGCUUCCUGUGGCUAAAUUGUAUGUGGGCAUGGUCCUGGGCUGGGCAAUUCUGCUGUUGUGUACUGCGGCAACGCAGAACUUUGGGGGCCUAGCCGCCGUGCGCUUCUUAAUGGGCAUGACGGAAGCCGCCGUGUUCCCAAUCUCCAGCAUUUUGACUGUCAUGUGGUGGAAGACAAGCGAGCAGCCUCUUCGUGUCGCAUUCUGGUUCAAUCAGCUCUCCUCCGUCUUCUCGGGCUUGAUCAGCUAUGGUAUCGGCCAAACGAACACGUCGGUAGGACCCUGGAGAUUGCUCUUCCUUGUGCUAGGUGGAUUUUCCGUCCUUUGGUCCGUCGUUUUGUACAUAUUCUUGCCCGAUUCGCCCGUGCAAUGCUGGUACUUCUCGGACCGCGAGAAGUUCGUCUGCCUCGAGCGCGUCAAAGACAACAAUACCGGCAUGGAAGACAAAACCAUCAAGUGGUACCAAGUGCGCGAGUGUUUACUCGACCCCAAGACUUGGCUUCUGGCGCUGUUUUCGCUGGCCCAGAACAUCCCCAAUGGUGGUCUGGUGACUUUCUCGGCUAUUAUUGUGAAGGGUCUAGGGUACUCCUCAUUGAUCACCACCGUCCUUGGUAUCCCCACCGGUGUGCUUGCAACGGUUUGGCAGAUCAUGCUGGGCUUCCUAGCUGCUAGCGUGCCCAACUCCCGUUGUACCAUUAUCGCCCUGGCCAACUUGGUCCCCAUGAUCUGCGCUAUUCUGAUGUGGAAGCUGCCGCGUGAGAACCAGCAUGGGCUUCUGGCGGCAUACUAUGUCUUCUACACCUACUGGGCGCCGUACGUGUUGUCAACUUCACUUCCAAUGGCCAAUACCAGUGGCCAUAGCAAAAAGUUGACCAUGAACGCCAUCUUCUUCUUGGCGUAUUGUAUUGGCAAUAUCAUUGGUCCCCAGUGUUUCCGUUCCGAUGAUGCACCAUCCUACUCUCGAGGAUAUGAGGGUCUUCUGGCCUGUCUUGUUGUGGCUAUAGUUGCCAUUAUUUCCUAUGGGGCUCUUUGCCGAUGGGAAAACUACCGCCGUGACAAGGAAGCCGAGUCAAAUGUGGAGAUAUCCGAAGCUGCAUUCUCGGAUCUGACUGAUAAAGAAAAACGCUCUUUCCGGUAUACUUAUUAG